AUCCAGGAACAAAUUCUACCAAAAAAAGAAAAAUCCACCCUUUGCACAGAUCCAGCAAUCAGAAGAUCCUGCCAUUCUGCAGACAAUUCACAAAGUGCUAUUCAGCCGAAUGAUAAGUGAGCACCCCAUAAUUAACCUGAUUUUUUGGUGAUAAUCACUCACAAUGGAAUCAAAUCAAAAAUCCAGGGAUGGAUUGGCCGGCACACAGAAAGAAGCUGCCCUCCGCACAUUAAUUCAGCGCACAGGAUAUAGUUUGAUUCAGGAAAAUGGCCAAAGAAAGUAUGGAGGGCCACCACCAGGAUGGGAUGGACCACCACCAGAACGAGGCUGUGAGAUUUUCAUUGGAAAAUUACCCCGAGACCUCUUUGAAGAUGAGCUUAUACCAUUAUGUGAAAAAAUUGGCAAAAUCUAUGAAAUGCGGAUGAUGAUGGACUUCAAUGGAAACAACAGGGGAUAUGCUUUUGUAACGUUCUCCAACAAACAGGAGGCCAAGAAUGCAAUCAAGCAACUGAACAAUUAUGAAAUCAGGAAUGGUCGGCUCCUAGGGGUUUGUGCCAGUGUAGACAACUGCCGUUUAUUUGUAGGAGGAAUUCCUAAAACCAAGAAAAGGGAAGAAAUUUUAGUAGAGAUGAGGAAAGUUACAGAUGGUGUUGUUGAUGUCAUCGUGUAUCCCAGUGCAGCUGAUAAAGCAAAAAACCGUGGAUUCGCUUUUGUGGAAUAUGAAAGUCAUCGGGCUGCAGCCAUGGCAAGACGGAAACUGUUACCGGGAAGGAUCCAGUUAUGGGGACAUCCUAUAGCUGUAGACUGGGCAGAACCUGAGGUUGAGGUUGAUGAAGAUACAAUGUCAUCAGUUAAAAUCCUCUAUGUGAGGAACCUUAUGCUAUCGACCACUGAAGAGACAAUUGAAAAAGAAUUCAACAAUGUUAAACCAGGGGCAGUGGAGCGAGUAAAGAAAAUCAGAGACUAUGCAUUUGUGCACUUUAAUAACCGAGAAGAUGCAGUGGAAGCCAUGAAAGUCUUAAAUGGGAAGGUGCUGGAUGGCUCUCCCAUUGAGGUCACGUUGGCCAAGCCAGUAGACAAAGACAGCUAUGUCAGAUACACAAGGGGCACGGGAGGCCGAGGAGCCAUGCUGCCAGAGUAUACGUAUACUCUGGGGCAUGUGUAUGACCCUGCUACAGCCUACCUGGGAGCACCAGUAUUCUACGCACCUCAAGCUUAUGCUGCUAUUCCCAACCUUCACUUUCCUGCUGCUAAAGGACAUCUCACCAACAGGGGCCUGAUCAGGCCUCCAUCCAUUCGAGAAAUUUACAUGAAUGUACCUGUAGGGGCUGCUGGAGUUAGAGGACUAGGAGGCCGUGGCUACUUGGCUAACCCUGCUCUGGGGCGUGGAUACCAGCUCAAAGGAGAAAAACGUGGGGAAGAAAAACUGUAUGACCUUUUGCCAGGAAUGGAACUUACACCAAUGAAUCAUGUCAGUUUAAAGCCACAAGGAAUUAAGCUUGCUUCACAGGUAUUAGAAGAGAUCUGCCAGAAGAAUAACUGGGGGCAGCCCAUCUACCAGCUUCAUUCUGCUAUUGGACAAGACCAAAGACAGCUGUUCUUAUAUAAAAUCACAGUUCCUGCUCUUGCCAGUCAAAACCAUACUCUGCAACCCUUCACACCACCCAAGCUAAGUGCCUAUGUAGAUGAAGCCAAAACCUAUGCUGCAGAAUAUACUCUUCAGACCUUGGGCAUUCCCGUGGAGGGAGCAGACACCCCUGCUGCAGCAGCGUUUCCAGGAUACAUUGCUAAUGCAGCAACAGUACCAGCAACUCAGCUGAAGCAAGCAGCAACUCUCGGACCCGAUCUGGCAACCUACACAACAUAUGAACCUUAUCCAGCAUUUGCAGUAGCUACUCGUAGUGAUGGAUAUGGAGCAUUUUAAUCUCUCUCUCUCCCCUUCCCCCCUCCCAUUUUAUUUAAAGAAAUGCUUUUCCUGUACUCAAGCUGUGGCAGGUGAUACUUCAUGCUAGUAAUUACUUGGAUCUCAUGAUUUUGAAUUAAUGAUGGACACAUUCUGCUCUGCACAGAAUUCUUUGCUUAUCAAUUAGCAGUUUAGUAAUGGUAAAUGAUGAUAAACAAUUUAUACAUAUUUUAAAAAGCCUUAAUGUAUGUUUUUGAUACAGUAGGAAAAUAACCAUAACUCAGAAGGAAGUGAAAAUGUCUUAUACACAUUAUUUAGUUUGUGUUUACGAACAAUAAUAAUUUGUAGCAAUAUUCAGUAGUAUUUUUAAUAGUGCAAAGAGUUGACGUUGUUAUAUUGCUUGGAUCUUCUUGUAAAGCUUUUAAUAUAGUUAUGAGUUGUGCAUAUGAUUGCCUGAUCGCCAUAAUCCAGGGGGUGUUGACUUUCAACCCAGAGACCAUAUUCCCUUUUGGACUCUCUUGGGAUCACAUCCAGUGGUGAGCAAGGCCAGAUACAAAAGGAGAGGGGCCAGUUUAUGGAAAAUGCAGCAUCUGUGAGCUUACAGUUCAUUCUGCCAGUAACUAAGCCUCAGCAGAGGUAUUUCAGCCUUUGCAUUUGGGGGAAAGCUGCACAAUUUGGGAAACUGACAAGCAAUUGGCAGUCAGAGGGAAGAUGGUGGGACCCUAGCAGGGCUGGAUUUUGCAUCCCUUUGUAUCCCUUUUAGGACCUAAUUUGGAUGUGCUGUUAAAUCUGUGGAUGAAUUUACUGCAUGUUUUUAAGAAUGUAAAUAGCAGCCACUCAGGGGCUUCCAGCAGGGAAGAAAAAUUUAAUCCUCAUGAAAGCAUGUCUUUGAAGCUGCUUUUUUAUUGGAGGUGAGCUGUCAGGAGAGUGUUAAAAGCCUCCAUACCUGCUGCAAUUCCGAUAAUUAUCAGUUCUCCCAAAAACUAUGCUCACAUAUUUUUUAAUGUGCACAUUCAAUACAAAGUCACACUUAGUGUCUUGUCUCGUUUGGUCCCUAUUAACCCUUAUAGCCAUAUCCACUGACUACAACCGAGAGCAACAUUCGCAUAUUAGUAGAACAUCAUCCAAGGUAGGCAUGCAUCAGAUUGCAGUCCAUGUACUUCAGCCCACAGAAUACUUACUCUGUAUGAAUGUAACCACUGUUCACAAAGGACCAAAAGGCCAUAUCCAGUGUUAGUCCUGGAUAGCGUGGGUCCAUUGAAAGGAAUGAGACUUAUCUUUUAUCCCCCUCAUUCCAGUAUGUCAAGCCUAUGCAGGACUAACACCGGACAUUACCCAAGCAGUGCCAUCCUAGACAUGUCCACUCAGAAGUAAGCCCCACCAGCCUAGGUGGAAUUACUCCUAGAUAAGCUGUAGGACUACAGUCUAAAACAGGGAAUACUUUCAAAGGCACAAUGGGGAAUGUGCCUUUACAAAGUGUUAGUUUCCUUUAAAGUUUUGAGAACUGUAUUUUUUUAAAAAUGUACAAGAAACAGUGUUCUGUCCCUUAUCUGGGCCAGGGAAGGGAAAGCGGUUAGAAUCAUGAAAACAGGAUAAAUCUAUUGGUCCCCGUGUUCAUGUUCAGAUUUCACACUUGUGGUUUUUCACACUUGUGCAUAAUUAUUUGGAAUUAUUUGCUUCAAUUAUUCAAGCAAGCUACACAGCCUGAUCCUGUGCACCUUUACUUAGAAGCAAGACCCAUUAGUGAUGCCUACUUCCAGGAUUGGACUGGAUUGGAUUAAUUGUUUUAACUGGGUUUCAAUAUGUGUUUUGUAGCUUUUAGAAACUUUGGUGAACCACAUGAACAUGCUACAAAGACUAGAAUGUAGUAUAUAAUAUUAAAUGGUUCUGCCUUCUAUCUUUUGAAAGCAAAAAGUGGUCUUAGCAUCUUCACAAAUGUCCCUAAGCAAAUUGAUUUGUACAUGGGCUUCAAGGAUUAUAUGGGUUUCCUUUCUACACAGCCAAAAGAACCAAAAACAACAAAGACUUUGUUGUAAUGUAGCUUGAAAAAAAUCAAAGCAGUAAAAUUAAAAAUUAAAAAAAGAAAAUCAAAGCAGAUUUGGUGAAAAAGAAAUUAAGGCUAAGGUUGGACACAAUGGGUUGUGUCCAGUGUAAGUCCUACUUAGAGUAGAUUUGUUGCAAUGAAUGGGAGUAGCUAACACUAUUACUUCCAUUGCACAAACUACUCCCAUGUUCCAUUAUUACAACUUAGUCAUGUCACUUCCAGAAAAGGGCAAACAUGGCCAAUUCUGUCAUCUUUGCUUGUUUGUAAAAUCAAUUCUUGAAAGACCCCACAUUAUAGAAAGUACAGCAGUUUGCCCCUCUCCCAUGUCCUGCUGCAAAUAACUCACCAUACAAUCCUAUGCACAUCUGCUCAGAUACAAGUUCCAUUGACUUCAAUGGAUCUUAAUCCCAGGUCAGUAAGUGUAGGAUUGCAUUGCAAAAGAACAGAAAUAUGAGCUUGAUUGAGAAGAAAGAGUGCUCAGCAACUCUGACAUAUCAAUGCGAUUUUCCAGUCAAAGCAAUGACAAUCUUGUUUAUUGCUUUUCUGGCCCAGGUUCAAUGUGCCAUUUACUGAGUAUCCAGCAUGUUCUUGGCUCCCAUCUGCCUGCUGUUCUUUCAAAUGAAUGGCCUUACUGACUGAAUAAAACAUCCUAGCAUUUUUAAUUUUUAAUUGUAUUUAUUUUUAAUUUUUUUUACUAAGGCUGUGAAUCAGUAAAGGUGUUUUUCAGCAGAUUCUGAAGAGCUUCCGUUUGAAAGUAAUCCUUUCAUGGUCCAAAGAUAAUAACUGUUCAAGUGAUCCUCAGUGCUCUUCAGUCUAUUAACUAUAUGAUGAUGAGUAUCAACUCAAACUUUUAACAAUGAUCCACAAAGACUGUCACUGAGAAGCCUGUGCAGCCAUAAACUUAAAAUUUAAUUCUAAUAACAAACAGGGAAAUCCUCUUGUAUAAUCUACCACUGUAAUAACAAUGGGUGAGGUUUUGUUUUUGUUUCUUCCUUGAAAAGUACCAGGGACAAGAAGCAAACCAGAGUGCUAGAAUGCAUCUUGUGCCAAGAGCGUCUUGGGACUGGUGUCUCUCCCUUGUAAAAUUUCCUUUGUGCACAACAAAUAAAAAGGGCCACAUUUAUUUUGCUUCUCUGGUGAGAAACAAGGUCAGAGUGCUGAACCUUGCUGGCUCCUAGACUCAACAGAUGCUAUAUAAGAUCCUGCAUCUUGUAUCCUUGCUGUCAUGAACUGCUCCCUUCCCUCUUUUCUCUUGUUAUUAAAUUCAAGGCAAUCCUUUGAAGUGCAGUUCUUUUACUGAAACUUAACCAAUUACAGAAAAGUCUUAACAGACUUCUACCAAAGUUGAAGGAGAAGCAUCUGUCCGUGUAAAGAGUGGAAUCCAAACUGUCUCUCCAUUUUAGUAACGUUUCUGACAUCACCUUCAGGGUGGCUCUAGCAGAUCGAGGGCAAGCCAGUAGGAAUGACAAAGACCCUCUAAAUGGGCAGCUAAUGCCUAUCAUCACCUUCUUCUUGGGUCUCGGAUUUUCUGCCCCUUCCAAAGCAGGCCGAUUCUCAUGCUCUGGCUGAAAAACUUCACUAGGCAACCCUGGCAUUUCAAGGUCCUUUCUGCUAUCCCUGCCUCCUUCUCACAAUCAGAUGAAUCCAUCUGAACAGUCUGCAGUACGCAAGAGACAAUUAUCCACCUUUUACAAUUAUUUAGGAGAUUUUUAGUAAGAUGUGUUUACACUGCCCAGGGAAGAAAAUAUGCACCUGCUGCAUUGCUCUUUUUUUGCACAACCAUUAAAGCCACCAGAGAUCUUUCCUACAUGGUGCGUAGCAAGCUUAAUUGCUGCCACAUAGUUUGCCCCCAAUUAUUUCCCACAAUAAAGGAUGCUGCCUGUAUCCAAAUUAAGACCAUUUAAGCAUAACUAGUCUCCCCAAAUACACAGCAUAUGCAGUGCUUUGCUACAAACAACUUUUAUUAACAUUUGGUGGCAGAGUACAUUCUCAGAAAGAGUAUUUUGGGAGAACCUGUAAUAUCCUUGCAGUACUUUUCAGCAGGAUAUGGAAAACCUUACUGAAAGAAAUACUAUUAUAAAUGUCAGAGAUAGGGUUAGGGUUUGGUUCAAAACAGUCCACUGUGUGCAUAGGAAUUUUGCAGAACAUAAUCCACCCAUGGUUUCCUCCAGACCCAUGGUUUCCCCCACAAUGGUUUGCAUGGAUGGAUGCAGGUGUGCAAACAUAGAGGAUGAUGGGGUACAGAAGGCCUGUCUGUGCUCCAGGCUAACCACUUUGUUAAAAGAAUAUGCCUUCUGAGGUUGCACUCGUCAUCUUGAUGCUCAGUGCAUGGGCCACUUAUGAAGGAGAGGCAGGGCUCUCUUCACCUAUUUAAGCCCUAUUUAAAGUUUGCCAAGUAUAUCACUAUAUUUUGAAAAAGAAAGCGUAAAAUAUAAACCAAAGGAGAAAGACAUAGGGAUUUUCAGUUGUCCAGCUUUUCAUAAGCACAGUAAAUAACCCAGCAAUACAAGGAGAAAUCUAUAUUUAGAUCCAGGCAUCUCAAGUAGUGUGUUUGUGGGCCCAUGUAAUUAAUAUAACCCAAAGAUGUAUUAUGUAGUGCAGAAUACAAAAAUACAUUAAAGUCCCAACAUCAAUCAAUACUGUAGUUCUGGAUACUUCUUGGGGCAAGCAGAAACCAACCCCAGAGCUUCAGGAGUGAUAAUAUGCGUUUUCAGCAUUAUUCCACCACUGUUAAAACAACCUAACUUUGUCUUAUGUCAGCUACAUAAGCUUAUUCUAAAGUAAAGACUUGGUAGAUAGAACCAAAUUUAACUUAGUGCACAUUCCCUUCCUGGCUCCCUUUCAUACGUUUCAAAACUUUUCCAGUUUGUCACAAAGCAGAGAAAAAUCUUUAAACCAAAGCUGUUGUACUCAGGGGUUUAAACACUGCUGCAGUACUUCAGCUCUACUUUCCCUUGUCAUGUCUAAGCAUAUUAAAUUACCAAACCAGACCACUUGCCUAUUCAAUUGACAAUGGUCAUCUAGAGUCUGAUCCUAGAUUUUCUCCUUUUUUCCCCAACUGGAAAUACCACAUCUUUAGAAAAAAGCAAAGCAUGUGCCCUUCUCCUAAAACAUUGGCCCCAGCCCUAUGUCAUGCCAUGCUAGGGAUGGAUGAAGAUUGAGUUUCUGUCCAGUUUUGAUUUGAAUUUGACAAAAUCACCAUUUUCUCCUUGUCCAAGAAAAAAGGAAGUUGAGAUUUUAAAAUUUUGGAUGCAGGAGCAACUGAAAUUGAUUCAUACAUCUACCCAGGCCCAGGAAUUUGAUAGCUUAGCUCUUAAAAGUCUGGCUUUGAAUCCCUGUGUGUUCAGCCAAGUGAAUACUAGCUACCUUAAUGUUGCCAACUCUUAUUUCUGGCAGGCUUUUCAUCUUUUACAGCUGCAUGGCAGGCAGGUACAUCACAGUCCCCUCCAUGCUGGGAAUAGUGUACUCUUGAAUUUAGCCUAUGCAGGCAGGUGAGCAUUUGGUUUCAGUCUUUUGUAAGAAUUUACAGAAUUCAGUAAGUUCUCCAUAUUUGGGAUAAAAAGAACUUGAGAUUCAAAAAAUUCAAAAGUGGGGAGAAAACAAAACAGACAGAUUUUCACUUCCCUAUUCAGCUCCCACAUUGUUCUGACCGUACAAUGGACAUUCCCCUACUCCCAAUUAAUCCAUUUGUGUACAGUGGAAACACAGCAUAGAUAGCAAGCUUCUCUCCAAGCCAGCACAAUAGCAUGGAGAAAAUGUGCUAACACAUGUGGUCUGCCUUGAUGGUCUGUCUUUUUCAGGCUCAGUCACUCUUGUUAAUUAUACUUUUGUAAAAGUUGCCCAGAAUCACCGCAUUUACGUGUUUAAUGUUAACUGAAAAUGAUUUGCUUUGGCUGAAAUCAUUUCUUACCUGCAUUAUACUUCUCCCUCCCCCAUACAAGCUAUUUAUAGAUGGUAAGAUAAAACAGGUGCCAAAGACCCAGGAGCAGUAUUAAGAAGUGUGUGCAUUAAAAGCACUUAUAUUUUUCGUACUUGUAAUACAGUCUUUGUACAGAACUACAGCACUGUGAAAUCAUAGAUGACUAGUUUUAUUUGGAACAAUGAGUUGUUUUGAAAACAUUGUUAGGUUGGCAACUCUUGAAUUGUGAAUCAUGAAUUAAGAAAAAAAAAUAAAUCAGAUUAAAUUUUGUGAAGUUCUUUUGUUAAAUCAAUAGUGAUCAAAUUGAUGUUAAGAAUUUAUUAAAUUUUCUAAAAUAA